GGGAACAACGUCAACAAUUCUCCCCCGGGACACGGCUUUCGGCGGGCUGUGACCGUGGAUGAGGGCGUCCAAUUGCGUCGCCGCUCGACUAUCAACGCGGCCACUUCAGAAAAUCCUCUCGGCGAGAUUCGACGACGGAGCUCCAGCUUUUCCGAUUACAGCUUGAACGAGGCUCGACGAAACCUCGAAUCCAGUGCAGAUGAACUGUUCAAUCUCCGCGGUGCUAGAACACAGUCGGGGGACAAAUCUCUCUAUGCAUCGGUCCCGCUCAUCUUCGCGUUGCUGCCUGCUGUGGGUGGCAUGCUCUUCAAAAAUGGAAGCGCAUUCCUCACCGAUGUGAUUCUGCUGGGACUCGCCGCCAUAUUCUUGCACUGGUCGGUAACACAGCCGUGGAGUUGGUAUCACGCAGCACAAGAGGUUCGCGUAGUCAAGGAUGAAGUCAUGGCCGGAUCCGUGUUCGAAUCCGACAGCGAAUUGGAGCUGUCCACGUCGGCAUCUGUCACGACGGCGCUCGAAAACGUGCCUGAGGAAAAUGGCAAGGAAAGGGAAAAAGAGAAAGUGAAGCAAGCGGAGAACGUCAAGAAGCCAGAAACUCCACAGAACUCACCAAAGCCUGCACAUAGGCAAUGGGAGGUGCGCAGAGCCGGUACAGCAAAGGAGCUCUAUAUCCACGAGAUGCUAGCCUUGGUUGGAUGCUUCCUAUUCCCUUUACUGGGAGCAUAUCUUCUUCAUACUAUUCGCGGUCAGCUGAGCCGGCCGUCCGAAGGCCUGGUCUCUGAUUAUAACUUGUCGAUCUUUCUCAUUGCGGCCGAGGUUCGACCAAUAUCACAUUUGAUCAAGCUGGUCCAGAAUCGAACCUUGCGCAUCCAAAGACUCGUCGCCACGAACCCUUACCAGAGACACGCCAUUCGAACCAAGCAGUUGCAGGAGCUACACGGUAGAUUGGAUGAAUUGGAAACGCGUGCCGCGGCUGUUGAGGUGUCGUCUAGUGCUAGUGUUCAAACCGACUUGUUGAGCUCGCGAGUUAUGGAAGCUACGCUUGCACGCAAUGUUCGGGAUGGCAUGCAGCCUGAGUUGGAUGCACUGAACCGUGCCGUCCGCCGCUACGAGAAGAAACUUGCUUUGCUGGCCGGCCAGAUAGAUACCAGGCUCGAAUAUCUUGACGGAAGACUAAACGACGCCAUCGCACUGGCUGCCGUUGCCGCAAAGCAUAGUAAUGCUCAGGGGAAUUUGGGUUCCUGGCUGGUUGAGACGACCGUCACGAUCGUCAUGUUUCCCAUUCAGACGGCGAUCUCAGUCUUGACCUUUCCCUUCCGAACUGUAUCAUCGCUGCUAGGUCGGAAGAGCAGGCCAUCCUCCGAAAAAUCACAUAGAACGAGCCGUAAUGGCAGACCAUCUGGGUCGAGUAGAGCAGGCUCGGAUCGCGUCCCAACCAGGAUGUCUAGGAGAUGA